AUGAGGUUUUUUUUUUCAUUUGGAACAGGACUGCCAGGGAGCAACGGUGGCAGAGUUGCACAAGCAGAGCGCUAUUACCAUCCCAGUAUAAGGCUUGUUGGAACAGGAAGUGGAGGCCGUGUCGAAAUUCUGCAUGAAGGGCAGUGGGGAACAAUAUGUGAUGAUAAUUGGGAUGAAACAGAUGGAACGGUGGUCUGCAGAAUGCUGGGAUAUAGCCAUGCAGUUAGCAUCAGUAUUACACAGCCAGAUAACUUGCACACAAGAGUGUUAAUAGCUGAGAAACUUGCUUGACCUUUGAUGCUGAUUUUCAGAAAGUUGCGGAACACUCAGGACGUCUCAGAAGACACAAAGAAAGCAAAUGUUGUAUCAAUAUUUUAAAAAGGCAGAAUGAGAUGAUGCAGCUAAUUAUAGGCCUGUUCGUCUGACAUUGAUCCCAAGCAAGAUAAUGGAGUGGCUGAUACAGGAUUUGAUUAAUAAAGAAUUCAAGGAAAAUAAUGCCAAUCAACAUGCAUUUGUGAAAAAUAGAGCCUGGCAAACUAAACUGAUAUCCUUUUUCGAUGAGAUGACAAGUCUGUCUGAUAAAUGUAAUAAUGUUGAUGUGAUAUGCUUAGACUUCCGUAAAGCAUUUGACUUGGCACCAUGCAAU